AUGUCGUCUGGAUCAUCCCCAGUCAAGAAGGCGGUCAUACAAGAAAGCGCGGACAGCAGAGGUCCAUCCGAGUUCUCGGAGCGGGAAUUCCGUGUACUCGCCAUCAAGGCCAUCAAUCGACUCUUCGGGGCUCGCAAUGCCCUUAUCCGCAGCUUCAACGCUUUCUUUCGCCUCCUCAGCAGGCUGAACAUUGUCGCGCGCCCCUUGAGUGUCCAUAGCACCCCGGAGACCUAG